AUGGCGCGGUCCACGCCCUACACGUAUAUACAAUGCCCUUGCUCCGACCAGUCGGCGGCCGAUCACAGCGACGCGCCAUCUCCCCAUGGACCGACGGCCGACGAGGACGAGCGAACCUUUGACCCCCGAGCCCCACGAUCCAGCUUUAGCUUAUAUCCUCUCGAGUACCUGCUCUACUGCGAAGACUGCCAGCAGAUACGCUGUCCGAGAUGCGUCACCGAGGAGAUUGUCACCUACUACUGUCCCAACUGUCUGUUCGAGGUUCCUAGCAGCAACCUCCGCAGCGAGGGCAAUAGGUGUACGCGAAGCUGCUACCAGUGUCCGGUAUGCAUCGCCGAGAGCCAGCCCAGCUCCACAGGCGGCCCCUUUGCCCUCUUCUGCCAGUAUUGCAACUGGUCGUCCAAGGAAACCGGCAUCGAAUUCGAGCGCUCCGGCGGUCUAUACUCGCAGCUCGCCAAGAUGAACAACGGAGGGGCGCCCAAGGUGACCAUCAAGGAGGUCAAGGAGCGGCGAAAGGAGCAUCCAGACGAGCCCCCGCUACCGGACGACGAGGUCGACAGAGACCUACAGUUUGCGAGCCUCAAGGCCUUUUACCAGGAGCAACUCGCCGACGCUCGAGCUUCGCUCGGCGGUGUGCCUCUGCCCGACGGCGUGGGCUUCUCUUCCCCGGCCAACUUGACGCGCAUCAUGUCCCUCUACACCGGGCGCGGCCAUCAUGGCAAGACACACAAGGGGCCGUCGGACGUCGUGCGCGAGGCCCUCAACACCGAUGAGGGCCUCAAGCUCGAGCAGCUCGACGAAUCGAACUCCAUCAAGAAGCUGACACACGGUGGCUGGGACGCGACCAACUCGCGCAGGCAACGGGAAUCACAGCUCGAGCCCAUGCGGUCCAAGCGCUGCCCCGUCUGCCGCCACAUCAUCUCCAAGCCCGAGAACAAGGUGACGUCGACGAGGUUCAAGAUCCGCCUCGUCGCCAAGUCCUACAUGCCCACCAUCACCAUCCGGCCUCUAAACCCCACCGCGGCCCCUGUGCCCGUCGGCUCCCGGCCCGGCCCCACCGAGGAGGCGCCGCUCACGCCUAUGAAGCCGUACCAGUACAUCCUGACCUUUAAGAACCCUCUUUUCGACAACAUCAAGGUCACGCUGGCAACGCCAAGCACGACCCCGGGGCGAUUCGCGAGCAAGGUGACCGUCCUCUGCCCACAGUUUGAGGUCAACGCAAACACGGACAUGUGGGACGAUGCGUUGAAAGAGGACGGGAGAGAGGGCGGGCGCAAGGGCGAAGACGGCCCGAGUCAGGGCGAGGCGGGAAAGAUAUGGGAAAGGGGCCGCAACUGGGUCAGCAUCGUGCUGGAGGUGAUCCCAGCUUCCUUGCGCGCCGAGCAUUCGAUGGGCCUGGGCAAGGAUGGCGCGGCAGACGACCCGCCCCGGGACGACGAGGAUAUCCUCGAGAUUCCCAUGUUUGUAAGAAUUGAGUGGGAGGCAGACGCGCACAACGACAUGGGCACAGGGGCAGACAAGGAUAAGGAGACGAGGGAGAAGAGGGAGCUGGCCUAUUGGUGCGUGCUCGGCGUGGGACGCAUCAGUCACGAAUGA